UAAAUUAGCCUAAUUGACAUAAAUUUGUUUAAAAGUUUGAUUAAUGAACAAUAUGUCCCAGAUCAACCUCUCGUCUAACUUGACAGAGGAAGGAAUCAAACAAGAAGGGAAUGCUCGAGCAAGAGGUCCUAAUAAUAUGUCUAUGCAGGAUGAUGUGAACUACCAGAAAACAGCAAUGGAAGCAAUGAUGAGUCAGAAGAAAAAGAAUGUUCUUGAGAAACUAAAGAUUAAUAGCUGUAAAAAGAUCGAAACUACACCUAAUGUAGCAUCUACUAAUACCAAUUUGAUAAAAAUUGAAGAAAGUGAUAUGGGAUCAAAGGACGGUGCUUUCUCAAGGGAUCUUUUUGUACCCCAAAAUGAUUACCAGAUGAAUGAUACCUCAAUACAUUUGGUUGGCUCUCAAAAGAAUGUAGAUGAAGAGUCUCAAGAAAGAUACACAAUGCAAAAUAAUAGACAAAAUUCUAUCGACUCAAUCUCUCGAACUUCUCAAUAUAACAAUGAAGUCGAUCCAAAUUCUCAAAAUUAUCUUGAGCCUCAGCAAAUAGAUUAUCGUUCUCAUGACGAACAAGCAGCUUAUUUAUAUGAUCGGGCGGUAGAGGAACACCGGAGACAAACACUAGAGAUUUGAAUGGUACUUUUCAAUAACAGGAUUCCUUACCCAGGCUUUGGAUAUCCUUUAAAAUCUGAGUCAUAUAUCUACGGUAGGCCAAUACAGGAGGAUUCCAGCACAGCAGAAACUAUAAGCCAGAAUCAUAAAACCUAUUAA